AUGCCCCGCGCGGAGGUUGGUUCUACAAAGCAUUUGAACAAUAAGCUGAAGUCAAAGGGUCUCCAACGGUUGCGUUGGUACUGUCAGGUAUGCGAACGUCAGAUGAGAGACGAAAACGGCUUCAAAUGUCAUACGCAAUCAGAGUCGCAUGUUCGGCAGAUGCUGCUCAUCGGCGAAGAUCCGAAUAAGCACAUCCAAAGCUACAGCAACGACUUUCUUCGGGACUUUUUGCAACUUCUUAAAACAUCACAUGGCGAAAAGGGUGUCCAUGUCAAUCAUUUUUAUCAAGAAUACAUUGCGAACAAGGAACAUAUACAUAUGAAUGCCACGAAAUGGCCUUCACUCUCUGAAUUUGCCAAGUUUCUCGGCCGGGAAGGCCAUUGCAGAGUGGAGGAAACGGAAAAAGGCUUGCACAUUGCCUGGAUCGACAAUAGUCCAGAGGCGCUUAGGCGGCAAGAUGCGAUCAGGAAGAAGGAGAGGCAGGAUAAGGGCGAUGAAGAGAGGGAGCAAAAAUUAAUUCAAGAGCAGGUUGAAAGAGCCAAAGCUGAUGCCGAAGCAAAACGGCCUGAUCAAGCGACUAAUGACCAGCCGAAAGCUCUGCAACGUGAAGAAGGGGCGAAAAUUAAGCUCAAUUUCAGCAAGCCUUUGUCGACAUCGAAAAGUCCCUCGGAAGAGAACACUGAAGUUGAAUUGCGCGAACCCGCCACCACGAUGCAAGACAGAAAUGCAGAUAAUAGCAUCGGCAAUUCGCCAGUUACCAGCGCAGCUGCGUCUCCAGCUCCUGAGAAGGUUUCCCUAAAGUUCGGAUCCAAUAAACCAAAGAACGUCUUUGCUUUGGCCUCGAAACAGAACGCGCUGAGCAGCAAGGCCGUUAGGAAUAAAGAGGCGCCAAAGAAACCCAUCAGCCAAGCUGAGAGAAUUAUGAAGGAGGAACUCGAACGAAAACGUCAUCGAGAGAUUAAUGGUUCGGCGGGUGUAAAGAAACAGCGGAUAGCCUGA